AUGGCGUCGACACAGCUCUCAGUGCCUGACCAGAUUCGGCAGCUCGAAGAUGCGCGCAAGCUUGUCCUGGGUGAAGUGAGCUAUUAUCCACAAGUCAUCCAGGCAACUCUGCCAAUCAUCGGGCCUACCGCCAAAGUUGAGUUCCGGAGAUGGGGCACAGAGUUCCUGUGCGAGGCCUUUGCGUCGCCGGUGGCGCCUCUGAGCCAGAAGGAGACCUGGUGCAUAAUAGUAUUGGAGACCCUCAAGCAGCUUCUUGAAGACCCAAAGCAGGACAUCAUCGUGCUCAGGAGUGCCAUCCAGGCUUCUGCAAGCAUAUAUCCCAUUGCUCUUAGGUGGAUCAUUGGCAAUGCGUACGACACGUCGUCGUGGGAACGAUUAGUGGCCAUCAAGGCGAGGAUCUUCCAGAUCUGGGACUCGUCUCCUUCGACAGUCCGGAUAUGCUGCAUCAAAUUUGCUCAGCGCGUGGUGCUGGCCCAGACUGCAAGCAUACAUUCAGAGCCUCGACGUAGCGAUCCUUUGGACAUAUCCCUGCGGAUGGUCACUCCAGAUCACCCAUUAUUAGAUCCCCAAUCCCUCGAGGCUGAGGCGUUCGGAGUCUUGGACAGGAUGCUAGCAGUCCUCCAGGAGAACAGCAGUGAUGCUCUUCUCAUCGAUGGCACACUCAAUACACUCUCUGUUCUCAUCAGAGCCAGGCCAAGCACUUCAACUCGUAUUAUCAAUGUCGUGCUCAACUUUAACCCUUUGAAGCUUGCCAACUCGCCCAUGACCCCCAAGAACAAGGUCUUGAUAAAGUCCAUGGAGAAGACAACGAGGAUGCUGUGCAUGCACCUGGCGAGACGUGACCCCAACAAUCCUCUUGCCGGGCGCAUACAACAACAUGUCGAGCGGCUCAUGCGCGCUCGUGCCGACAUCUUUGACAAUGCCGGACGAAAACGUAUGGUGCCUGUGCCAGCUGAGGAUGGUGAUUCCAAGAGGCAGAGGACAGCAAACAUGUCCGCCGAACCUGUUCUAAACAUCGCGCCGCUGGAUCCUGCAGUCACACAUAGUCUCGCUGAUGUGUUCGCCCUGACACAAGAUACGGCUAUCAAGAGUGUGCACGUACCCGACUUAGUCGCCGCAUCUCUAGCAGCUCGGAUAAGCAUCCGCACGAUAUCCGGUCUUGAUGCCGGCCUCCUGGAUAAAGCUCUCAAUGCAAUCCGGGAACGAUUGGCUGUUUUACACGAGGCUUCACCGGCUGUUGUCAAUCCUGAGACAGCGAAGCUGGAUUUGGAUGAAGAUGACGACGAUUAUGAGCCUGACUACUUUGCGGCAGAGGACACGGAGCAGAUCCUAAACAAGCUUGACUCAUCCGGCGCUGACGAGGGCGGCGACAGGCAAAAGCCAAUCGCGCUGACGUCCCUAGCUUUGCCGACAUUCAAGCUCCCGCCUCCGCCGACGCUCAAUCCCGAGCAGGCGGCCAAGGUUGGCCAGAGUUCUGUCGCGCGGGUGUUUGGAGCCAUGCGAACGCUUGAAGACCCCGCGGUGAAGAGAACAAAGGCUGGCAUCAACCGCCUCGCCGCGAGCUCAUACGACCGCGACUCUUGGAUCACGGUCCUGGCACGACUGGCGACACGUGCCGGCGCAGGACUAGACGAAAGCACCAUCAAGGACGAUGAAGACAGCAAGGUAUCCUUACCACAGGUCAACAUCAGCAACUCCAUACGAGAUCUGCUCUAUGCGUACAUUCUCGAGGAUUUCCGAAAACGCAUCGAGGCGGCGGUGUCGUGGCUCACCGAGGAGUGGUACAACGACCGGCUACAGCAGCGAGCCGCGGCAUCGGCGCCGGAGCCGUGGGAUCCCCCCGCGCACUACGACAAGUGGGCGCUGCGGCUGCUCGACGGCAUCUUCCCCUACCUGCACGCGCAGGACAAGGUGCUGACGCGGUUCCUCAGCGAGCUGCCCGAGCUCAGCCCGCAGAUCCUCUCGCGGGUCAAGGAGCUCUGCCGCGACCCGAGUCUGGUCAACCUCGCGCUCACGAGCCUGUACUACCUCGUCAUGAUGCGCCCGCCGGUGCGCGACAUUGCGCUCGACGCGGUCGAGGGGGUCUGGAACGACUACGAGGACGCGCGGCCGAUUGCCGCCAAGUACCUGCAGCGGUGGCGGCCUGGGUUCCUGGAGGCGGCCACGCAGAAAGAGCAGGCUGCUGCAGCGGCGGCGGAGGAGGGCAGUGCGAAUGGCACUGCGGUGGCUGCGUGA